AUGCUAAAGGAAUGGAAUCGCACCUUCUUAGUCCUUCUCCCAAAGGUUUCUCAACCAGAGUUAGUCUCUCAGUUUCGACCAAUUGGGCUAUGUAAUGUGUUGUAUAAGUGCAUCGCCAAGUGUAUUACUAAUCGUCUUCGUGGGGUUCUCCCUACUCUUAUUUCCGGUUUUCAAAAUGAAUUUGUGCCAGGUCGUCUCAUCUCGGAUAAUGCCUUAACUGCUCAUGAACUUUUGUCCUUUAUGAAUGCGUCAAAGGCUUGUAAGCGGUUUUAUGCGGCUCUUAAGUUGGAUAUGAAUAAAGCUUAUGAUAGAGUGCGCUUGGUGGAAGAACAUGCCUUGUUUUCAGGCAUUCACAUUUCUAGAGGGGGUCCUUCAGUGUCUCACCUUUUCUUUGCGAAUGACUCGCUGCUGUUUUUCCAGGUUUCUCCGCAGGCGUGUGAAAAUAUUAUGAACCUUCUUUCUCAAUUUUGUAGUUCUUUCGGUCAAAUGAUUAAUCUUCAGAAGUCCUAUGUCAAGUUUAGUCCGAAUACUCCCCCUGACUAUCGGGAUUAUUUAGCUCGGAGUCUUCGUGUUCAAUCGAAACCCUCUUUUGGAACCUAUUUGGGGCUUCCAAUCGAUCUAGGAUGGAGUAAAGUUUCGGAUUUCAAGUUUCUGAUAGACAGAGUUGCUAGCCGAUUGUCUGCGUUUGCCUCUCUCCGGUUGUCUGUAGUGGCAAAAUUGGUUAUUAUUAAUUCGGUGUUGGUAGCUUCUUUUAAUCAUAUUUUGUCUGUUUUUAAGAUUCCUUCAUCUAUUGCUUCUCAUCUUGAUAGUAUGCUUGCUAGUUUUUGGUGGAGAUCUUCAGGUUCUAGGAAAGGAAUAGCUCUACGAUCGGCUUCUCUCCUUCACUUACCAAAGGGGCUAGGUGGACUUGGUCUACAUAGUAUUGGAUGUUUUAAUUUGGAUCUCGUAGCUAGUACUGGGUGGAGGAUGAUGAAUAAUCCUCAGUUGCUUGUUUCUAGGCUCAUGGUUUCUAAAUACCCCACUCUUUUUGCUUUGUCGGCGAAUCGGAUUACCCAAACCUCUUGGGGAUGUCGUGGUUUACAGUCAGCCAUGUCGGUUGUGGCUAAAGGAGUUCGUUGGAAGGUGGGUUGUGGUUCGAGUGUUCGCAUUAAAGUUGAUGAAUGGGCUCCAGGGGGUUUAGUUUCGUUUAAGGAUGGUUUAUCUGAGUCGGAACUCCCGACUCAUGUGUCUUCUAUUAUUGAUCCACGUUUUAACGCGUGGGACUCCUUGAGGGUCCAUCGACUUUUUGAUGGUCCGACUGCCAGUCGGAUUCUUAGUCUGGAUCGUCCGCAAAAUCUAAUGGACGACUUUGUUUACUGGAAAUUCACCAGGUAUGGGUCCUUUUCCACGAAGUCAGCUUAUUUCCUUUUUCUUCAACAGGACUCCUUGACGACUCCUGUGGGGCCCACUUCCCCUUCUUGGUGGCGGAAAUUAUGGGGACUUCCUAUUCUACCUAAAUGGAAGAGCUUUGCUUGGAAAGUAGUUCAUUCUACUCUUCCAGUUGCUUCAACUCUGUUUGUUAGGGGGAUUUCAGUUGAUCCUAUAUGUUGUUUUUGUCACCGUGAGCCAGAGACGGUUGCUCAUUUAUUUCGGGGCUGUGAUUUCAUUAGCCUUCUCUGGGGUCGUAGUUCUUUAGGUUUUCAUAGCCCUGGUCUUCAUCGUCUUCCGUUCCUUAACUGGUUUUCAACUAUGGUUUCUUUGUUUGGUGCUACUAAGGACUGGGUAGGCCUUAUCAACUUCUUCUCUAUUUUGUGGGCGAUUUGUCUUUCUCGUAAUAAUGUUCGAUUUCGACAAUUGGAUGUUUCCCCUACUAAGGUGUUGAGUCUUGCGUCCCAGUGGUGUGCUCGGGGUCAUCAAGCUCAGGACUUUCGCCUUAAGUCGUCUAGUUUGCCUCUUCGUCCUAGGCUGUCUGUCACGACUUUUUCUGCUUGCUACGGUGGGGAUCCUCUUUCGGGUUUGGAUAUUUGUUUGCUCUGUGAUGGUUCUUGGUCUUCUGACAACUCUAGGUGGUGGUUGGAUUUUUUCAGGAUUAUAUUUCCCCUUUGGUGCUUGGUGGGGGUGCUUGCACUUCUCUCUCGUCAUCUGCUUUACAUUCAAAAUUUCAGGCCUGCUUUUGGGGUUUACGUAGUGCCUACGGCAGGGGUUAUCGUAGGAUCCUUAUUUACUCGGAAUGUGAAACUCUGUGCUUAA